AUGAUGAGCACCACCUCAAGUCAGCACAAGAGCCCUAGGGUUUUGGCUUGUGUCCUCUGUCAGCAUCGCAAAAUAAAAUGCGACCGCAACACCCCUUGUUCUAAUUGUAUCAAGGCCAACGUCGCAUGUACUCCCUCUACACCAGCUCCCGCCCGAAAGAGGAGGAGGCCAAAUCAAGACUUGCAAGAAAGAUUGGCCAGGUGUGAAGCUUUGUUGAAGCAGUAUGCUACGAGCUCAACACCACCGCCAGCUGGACCACCCACCGUCUCUACAACAUUCUCUCCUUCUAGUCACAUCACUCCCUCCUCAGCAGGUCCAUCUCCAAGUAUUACUCAACUGCCCUUGCCUUCAGGCACAGCCUCUGUCGUCGACGAUAUUUCUUCGCCAGCAACAACAUCAUGGAAGCCGGCGGGCAAAGUAGUUGUCGAAGAUGGCAGUGUCAGGUUCAUGGACAGCUAUCUCUGGGCAACCGUUCAUGACCAGUUGACAGCCAUGCGCCAAAUCAUCGAGGCCGAGGAGGAGGAGCAGAGUGUGCUUGGGUCUGAUGCUGUUACCCCCGACGACAACGUAGAUCUCUUGCUGAACGAUUUUGCAACCAUCGACUUGGAAGAUGUCACUCCGUCGCCCGUCCAAAUUUUUAGACUUUGGCAAGUCUUUUUGGAGCGGGUCAAUCCCAUUACCAAACUCAUACACGUCCCCAGCCUGCAACCUCUUGUCGUCGAAGCCGCGGCCAACCACUCCAAUGUCGCCAACAACGCCCAAGCCCUCCUGUUCUCCAUCUACCUUGUCUCAACUCUGACCAUGACCGAGGCCGAAGCUAGGCAGAUGCUUGACUCGUCCAAGGAGGACGCGCUCAAGAGAUUCACUACUGGUGUCAAGGCAGCGUUAACCAAGGUCAACUUCCUCAAGAACCACGAUAUGAUGACGCUACAGUCCCUGAUCCUUUACUUGAUUUCUCUUCAGGGCCGGUACAACCGCCACGCUGCCUGGGUUUUGAGCGGCGUGCUGAUACGAAUUGCUCAAAAAAUGGGCCUUCACCGCGAUGGAGACUCGCUCAGCCUCACUCCGUACGAGACGGAAAUGAGACGCAGGCUUUGGUGGCAGAUUAUUAUGCUGGACACGAAGUACGCAAUGGUUUCUGGGUUCUGCGACACCCUGCUUCCUUGGAACUGGGAUACGAAGACUCCGCAAAACGUCAACGACGCCGACCUCUUCCCCGGCUCAACCGAACCCAUCCAGCCACGGGAAGGCCCGACCGAAAUGGCCUUCUGCUUGCUGUUGUACGAAAUUGGUCGAUUUAUCGUCGAGAACCGAAUCCCCGAUUUCGAAGCCGUAGUGCUCGGCGCCAUGGAGAACGAGUCGGCAGAUUCCCAACUUGCAAACCAAGCGACGCUUGCCAAGUAUCGAGCCCUGAUCGAUAACCUGGAUUCUAAGCUUAUCGCGCUUGAGAAGAGAUAUUGUGAUCCUUUGGCAGGCAAUAUUCACAUCGUGGCCGGCAAUAUUCGGUCAAUGAUCAUUGACAAGAUGCGAGCGAUGAUGAUUCCGAUGCGCGAGCUCCCAGAGUGGGGCACCGAAAUCUUCAACGUACAGGAUAAUAUGUUUAGGAUAUCUCUCAUGCACCACGAGCACAACGUCGAAUUGUACGACGUCAUGGAGAACACUGGCUUUGUGUGGUUUUUCAAGCUCCACUUCCAAAUGGACGUCUUCAUCGUCAUGGCGGGACAGCUCUACAAACGACCAACGGGCAGACUGGCGGACCGCGCUUGGAAGGUCAUUGAUCGGAUAUAUCAGUACCAUGAGGAGCUGUGGGAUAUGUCGAAGAAGGAGAAUGCGCAACUGGGUAUUUACAUGCUCAAGGCGUGGAGGUCGCGAGAGCGAUCGUUGGCACACCUCGGUCUGCCUUACGAGACACCACUGGCUGUCCCCAGGCUGCAGGGUGUUGUCCCCCAGUCGAGCUCAGAAGUUUCGUCAGCUGGGCCGUCCCCAGCCCAGCCCAUGAAGAUGGAAGUCCCACCGCGACAAGACCAGCCUAUGGACCAAUACUUGGGCAACUUCUUGGAUACGACAAACUUUUACGACCUAGACAUGUGGGCGGACCUGGGGGUUCCCAACGGCAACAUGAACCAGCAAUCGGCAGCGAACCUCUUUGGAACUUUUGGCAACUUUGGUGCACCACCGACAGGUAGAUGGUGA